CAAAAAAACAAAACAAAAACUCCAUUUCCCAUCAGCCCCUUGGUGUGUGGUUAGCUAAAGUCACAGGGUGCGUUAGCUUCAUUCCGCCGCACUGCUCCACUUCUGUCCACAAAUGGCUCUUUAGUUGAACUAACAGCGGCUGAACGACAGCAGAAAGCCGGCGGAGAGUGUUCUGAGAUGGGGAAACGGAGUGAAGGAUAACCGACAAAAACAAACCGAGCACCGCCUGUCCACCAUGAUGUCUAUGACCUUCGAGGCGUCGAGCAGCGUGACUCUGCUGUUUGAUUUCUGGGAUGUUCACGGACCUGCAGGGAUGGUCCUGUCUGUGUUCGUGGUUUUGCUGCUGACUGUCUUCUACGAGGUGCUCAAAGUCUGGAGGGUGUGGUUGAGUCAACGCGUUACACUGGCCCCGCCUCGGUCCCCGUUCGCCGCCCCUCCCCCUCCCUGCCACAGCACCAGCACCGCCACUCUGGACAACAGCACCUCCGAAUCCUCGCUCACCCCCAUAGAACCAAUCAUUCCCACCGUGAGCACCGGGCACAGCUGGGUCCUUCACGGGGUCCAGACGCUCCUCCACAUGCUGCAGGUGACGCUGGGAUACAUGCUGAUGCUGUGCGUCAUGUCCUACAACCUGUGGAUCUUCUUGGGGGUGGUGGGCGGCUCAGUCCUGGGGUAUUUCAUAUCCUUCCCCCUCCUGGGUAAGACCUGACCACCACGGCCGGACGGACACGUCACAGACUGACCCCUACUCAGGACGGGUUGACCCUCCGUCCGUCCCUGGAUUCAUCUGACUGCCUCUGUUCUCUGUUAAGGGAUGGGUCGCUCUGGAAACAAGACUCUGAUCGACACGUUUCUGUUCUUGUUUUAGAAAAGUCGAACACUGAGGAAGCAGCGUGAAAAGACAAAGACUCUGUUUGAUACUCCACUUGGUUUUAUCGCAUAAAAUGAUUAAUGGAAGAUAAUUUCACACCUGAACUCCUUCUGAUGAGUUCUUAAUAAUCAGUCCUCAGUCCUUUUACUGCCAUCGCACACUUACUCCAGAACUAACAUGUUCUUCUGAUCUGAGGGCGUGGUCUGUUACUCUGUCAUAUCAUUAAACCUCAGAGUGAGUCUGUUUACAUGCACGAUAAUACUGCGAUCAUUAUCUGAUUUGUGGAGUCAACAGAUUAUUCAAGUGAUCAAAUGAACAGGAUAAUCUGACAUGUUUG